CAUGGACAAGCAGAGGGUCAUCGGCAAUCAACGUCCAAAGAGGGAGAAAGGCGUCUUAGUAGGAAAAAAGAAAAAAAGUUGAAGAAACGGAAUCUAAGGAAUCCAGGCUUCAAACGUUUUUUCCGAGGAGCAAGUACAGAACCAGCAGCGCCAAGGGAAAACAAUAGAAUCACAAAGGCAAAAGACUACAUGUUUACAUCAUCAAGCGUGACAGAUCGACUGAACAGCCUAUUAUGAUCACUCAUUUAUCUCUGCCUUUGAGCGUCUCGCUAGCUUUCCCCGCCAGGAAAUACAUGGUCAUAAAAAUAUUAGGGAAGGCGGCGGGAUGGAGAUGGAGUGCAUUGACAGAGAUAGAAUGAAGCACGUUCUAAGCCGAGAAAAAUUUUUGUUCGGAAGCGUGCGCGGGAAUUACGAUACCGGAGUGAAAGGGGUCGCACGCGUAGACAAGUGGUGUAAGACGAUCGAAAAUCCAGAGGCAGAGCAGGUCUGCUUUAUGAUUUGACUUCAAUGCUAAAGCACGCAUUUAGAAGUUUAGUUUUCAGAGAUCAUAUUGUGUUGCAAUCUAAGAAUGAGCUAGGAAGUGACCCAUUUCUGUCUCUGCAUAGACUGGGUACGGACGAGAAGUGUUCCCUUUAUACCUCUAGACUGGGCACGCUGCUGCUACUGUACUGCCUCCUUGCCAGCAAGUUACGCCCUUGGAUCGACGUUGCAUUGGGUGUAAAAUAGGAAAAUUAUCUUUAGAAGUGACGUUUUUUGACAUCUUUCAUAAAAACGGUGGCAGAUCUGUUCAAAGCGCUGCAGGAAAAGACUGACGAUAAGGACGGUUUCACCACGACCCCUGUACAGGGGAACUUUCCUUUAACUAACUNGACUAACUAA